CCCAAAGAAGACCCAGUGAAAGAAAAGAAGAAGGAAGUCCUAACGAAGCCAAACCUGAUGAAGCAAGAUCCAAUAAAGUAAAGCCUGAAGAUCUCAAUGAAGCCAAACCCGACAAAGCAAGAUCCAAUAAAGUAAAGCCCGAAGAAGAUCCAGUGAAGCAAGACACGUACAAAAAAUGUUAA